AUUAUGAGGUGCCAUGCACCCCGUGGCACAAUGUUGCAGUUUUCACGGGAAUUUCAGUGUCUACGGGAAUGAAACACAGAUUGAGAAAGUGGCUCAAGAAGUACAACGACUAUCUCCCUAUGGACUGAAGCCGUUACAAGUGGUGGCAGAUCUCACCAAAAGUGAUGACUUGAAUACUCUUAUGAACAAAACUAUUGACACGUUUGGCAAACUGGAUGUAUUGGUGAACAACGCCGGCAUUUACCCCAUGUCUCCCAUAAGUGCCACAAACUUAACGAAAGUCUUUGAUCAGGUGUUCAAUACUGAUCUGCGAGCCAUUUCCAAUCCGUUUUUGGCGUACAGUUCCGCGAAAGCAGUCCUCGAUAUGUUGACAAAGGUAUUGGCCCUUGAAUUGGGUCGUCCGCAAGGGAUUCGUGUCAAUACUAUUAAUCCCGGUGCAACUCAAGUGCCAUCAAUGGAUCUAAGCGUAGAUCUGAUUAAGAAAAUGGUUCAUAAGAUAACAACUCUGACACCACUGGAGAGAUUGGGACAGCCGUUGUGGCCAAAGGGGUGGCAUUCCUGGCCUCAAGUGAUGCCCACAUUCAUUGCUAUUACAAACGUAUUCGCAUUUCAAUCCAAUGAUAUCUACGACGAGGUGAGGGGUUCACGAAAUUUCACGGGAAAAGUAGUUUUGGUGACCGGAAGUAGCUCUGGAAUCGGCGAACAAAUCGUGAAACUAUUCUCGGCAUUGGGGGCCAGUGUUGUGGUCACCGGUAGAAAGGAUGCGGACAUACAACGAGUGGUCAAAGAGGCUCAAGACUUAUCGCCACAAAAGCUUAAACCAUUAGGACUGGCGGCAGACCUCACAAAAACGGAUGAAUUGGAAAAACUAUUGAAUGAGACAAUCAAGACGUUCACCAAAUUGGAUGUAUUGGUCAAUAACGCGGGUAUUUAUUUGACGGCUAAUCUUAUGGACAAAAAAUUUUGGGACACUUUCGCGGCGUAUGAGAAAAUCGAUGUC